GGCUUUCUCAUACAAACUACCAGAACUAACAGGAUGAUGACACGUGUCUUCCAGGUUCAUCCUUCUCGCAUCCCAUAUCUAUAGUUCAUAAUCGGAAGAGCAUUUUCAAAUUCGAAAAAGGUUUUUCCUCGGGAGCGCGGGACGGGUGGUACCUGUGGUCUGUGGAGGUAACUGUAGGCACAAUGCACAGAGACAGAGGAGCCUCCAAUCACUUGGGUAGCCCGUACGACAGAAUGUUUGGUGGAAAAGAUCCUUUUGAUGAUCCUUUCUUUAGUCGUCCCUUUGGCAGUUUGUUUGGAUCUAUGUCCACCAGUGUACGAGGUAGUUUGCAGCACUCAAACAGAUCAAAGCAAUUAGUUAUUGAAGAGCUAGGCAGUGAUGCAGCGGAAAUGACAGAAGGCGAAGAAGAAAAUGAUAAUACUGAUGCUGGAUGGUCAAAUAGAAAUCCACUUGUUGUACACCCAGAAGAUCAAGACAAAGAGAAUGGGAAGAAUUACGACAGCAAUAUAAACAAAAUUUCUUGUUAUACAAACCAAAGCAAAGGAGAGGGGCUGCAGCCACAAAAUAAUAGUAUGAGCUUCCAGAGGGUUACAUAUGGUGGAGUGAAUGGAGCAUACUAUACUGCAACAACUUCUCGUCGAACAGGGAGUGAUGGGUUGACACUUGAAGAGAGCAAACAAGCUGAUCGAACAACGGGUCAAGCAACUCAUAGAAUCUCCAGAGGAAUUCAAGACAAGGGGCACUCAGUCACAAGGAAGUUGGAUUCAGAUGGUAAGGUGGACACAGUUCAGACCCUUCACAACUUGGAUGAAGACGAGCUUGUGGGCUUUGAGAAAGAUUGGAGUGACAGGGAUCUGCAUGGAUGGAAUCCUUUCGAUUUUUCUAGGAGUUCAGCAGGUCCACUGUCUGCCUGGGAAGGGUUCUCAGAUCCAUUCAAUGAUAACGAUGCUUCCCGUAGGAAGAGUGGGUCAAGUUUCCAUCACAGCACCUUCCAAAAUCAAUCUCCCAGGGGAAAACCUAAAAAGGUCAGAAUUAAUAUCGAGUAAAAUAUCUAUAUGAAGCCUAGUGUCCAUGUUGUUCUCUUUCAGCUUCUUGCAGUAUAUGAAUAAUCAACUUCCAGAG